AUGCGCCCUACGAGGUCCCCCAGCUCCAUAGGCGUCGUCCACGGUAGCAUCGUCGAGGGCUCCCCGCCGAGCCUCUACCCAUUGGAGCCGUUUCCGGAUUCGCCCAUGAUCGAUGCCGUCGACGACGAUCGCCCGCCGCGGCCCUGGCUCGCCGUUGUCAUUUGCGCCGCCGAGGAAAUGGAGCGCCGCAUGAUCAUACGCUCAUCCUGGAUGCGCAUGUACGGCGACCUGCCCGUCGAUACGCGCUUCGUCGUCUCCAACCCCGGACCCGACUGGACUGCCGCCGUCUCGAGUGAGAAUCAGACGUUCGGCGACAUGAUUGUGCUCGACCAUCUCCAGGAGGACGACGUGACCGCCAACACGGUCAAGACGCUCGCCCUCUACCAGUGGCUCAUCGACCACAACCACCAGUACGAGUUUGUCUCCAAGAUGGACACGGACCUCUUUUUCAACGCCCGCGGCUUCUGGGACCGCUUCCUCGAGCCGCGUCUGACCAACAGCACUGGCCGCUACGUCUCCACCGUCGAGCGCACCGUCAUCGGCGAGCUCUACUAUUCGCAUUCGUGGGACCUCGCUUUCCCCCACGGCGCCAUGUACACCAUGACCUGGGACAUGGUCGAGCUGCUCGCCGGGGCUUUCAGCGCCGCUUUCACGUCGUCACAGGCGAGGACAUGGCCGUCGCCAUGCUCCCUGCUCAAGGGUCGCGAGAGGGCCAAUUUUUGCGACGGAACACGCAUUGUCGGCCCCGCACCCAUUGCCGUCCACCAGCUCAAGGACAAGGCGCUCUGGUUCAAAGUGGCCGAUCUUUUCGACGUCAACGGCGUCAAGCCCAUGCUCACCGCCCACCGUGUCCGACCCCUGGCCAUCAUUAUGGAUGCGCUGGCACGACUUUUGGACGGAUCCUGGAUCUGCGACGGCAUCUGGAACCUCGGCGCCACCAAGACGGGAUACGUCAAGGCGGCCACUACGACGGUGCUCUCGUGGGAGGAGGAGAGCGAGCUGGUUGGACUGGCAUAA